AUGAAGGGUGCCAGCACCUUACUCAAGCUGCCUCUUCUAGGGAUCUUUCUUUGGGCCCGGGCUUCAAGCUAUAACUUGGACACCAAACAUCCCAAGAGCUUUUCCUUCCAAGAUGCGGGGAUCCACUUUGGCUAUCAGGUCCUGCAGGUUGGAAAUAAGGUCGUCGUUGGAGCUCCUGGUGAGGGGAACAAUACUGGGAACCUUUAUCAGUGCCAGCCAGCCACAGGACACUGCCAGCCUCUAGGCUUGAGAGAUGCCAAUCUCACUUCCAAGUAUCUAGGCAUGACCUUGGCCUCAGACCCCAUAGACGGGCGCCUUAUGGCUUGUGACCCUGGUCUGGCCAGAGAAUGUGAUCAGAAUUUCUAUUUAAGCGGCCUUUGCUACAUCAUCCCCCCAAAUCUGGAUGGAACAAAGCUUCUUGUACGUCCUGGUUAUCAGGAGUGUCUAAAAGCAGACGUAGAUUUGGUGUUCUUGUUUGAUGGAUCCCACAGCAUAAAUGAGAAUGAUUUUAAGAAAAUCCUGGAAUUCAUGGAAGAUGUGAUGAGAAAACUGAGCAAUUCUUCAUUCCAUUUUGCUGCUGUCCAGUUCUCAACCUCCUCCAAGACUGAGUUUUAUUUCUCAGAUUAUAUCAAGACAAGAAACCCCCAUACCCUGCUAGCUAACGUCAAACACAUGCAAGAGCUCACCAACACUUAUGAGGGCAUCAGACACGUUGUUAAAGACGUGUUUAAUAUGAAUCGGGGUGCCCGCCCUGAGGCCGUACGAGUAAUGAUCAUCAUCACAGAUGGGGAUGCCACUGAUACUGGAAACAUCGAGCAAGCCAAACAGAUCAUUCGUUACGUGAUUGGGAUUGGAGGUGGAAUUCAAGAACCUGAGAAACUUAAUGAUUUUGCCUCAACUCCCAAGUCAGAUUUUGUGAAAAUUCUGGACACUUAUGACAAGCUUAAGGGAUUGUUUGAUGACCUGGAGAAGAAGAUCUAUGACAUCGAGGGCACUAGUAAACAGCAAGAUAAGAUUUCUUUCAAGAUGGAGCUGUCUUCCAGUGGGAUCAGUGCUGACUUGGCCAAGGGCGGCAGUGUGGUGGGAGCUGCUGGGGCUCUGGAUUGGGCUGGGGGAUUUAUAGACCUGGAACCAGAUCUGAAGGAUGAAACAUUUGUGGGUAACCAGCCCAUGAACCAGGAGGCAGAAGAUGGCUACUUGGGCUAUUCAGUGGCCUGGCUCCUCUCCAAGGGAGGGAGAAAACUAUUGGCAGCUGGUGCUCCUCGAUAUCAGCAUGUGGGCCGGGUGCUACUCUUCCAAGAUCCAGACCACAAGGGAGGAAACUGGAGCCAAGUUCAGAAGUUUGAAGGAACCCAGGUUGGCUCUUACUUUGGUGGGGAGUUGUGUGGAAUUGAUGUGGACCAAAAUGGAGAGAUGGAGCUGCUAUUGGUUGGAGCCCCCCUGUUCUAUGGGGAGUGGAGAGGAGGCCGUGUUUUUGUCUACCGAAGGAAAGAGCUGGCAUUCCAGGUAGUGAUGGAGCUACAAGGGGAAUCUGGACAUCCUCUGGGUCGUUUUGGAGCAGCCAUCUCUGCUCUGACUGACAUUAAUGGGGAUGAUUUGACAGAUGUGGCUGUGGGAGCCCCACUGGAAGAGAGGGGGGCCAUCUACAUCUACAAUGGGAAGCCUGGUGGACUCAGUUCCCAGCCUAGCCAGCGCAUAGAGGGUGUCCAAGUAUCCCCAGGACUCCAGCACUUUGGGAGAUCUAUCCAUGGUGUCAGGGACCUUGGAGGAGAUGGACUAGUAGAUGUGAUCAUAGGGACUCAGGGCCAAGUUAUCAUGCUGAGUUCUCGUCCAGUUGUGGACAUCAUCUCUUCAUUGGACUUCUCCCCAAUGGAAAUCCCAGUACAGGAAGUAGAGUGUUCCCACCAGGAUACUGCAAAGAGGUCUGGAGUCAACAUCACUGUAUGCUUUUGGGUCAAGAACCUCACACCCAAAUUCAUAGGGCCUCUAGUGACUAAUCUCACAUAUACCCUAAAACUGGAUGGACACCGGAUCAGAAGUCGGGGCUAUUUCCCUGGAGGGAAACAGGAGACUGGAGGGAACAUGACAGUCACCUUAGAGACAUCCUGCACACGACACUGGUUUAAUUUUCCUGUAUGCAUUGAGGACUACAUCUCCCCCAUCAAUGUCUCCCUGACCUUUUCUCUUUUUGAGGGCGAAUACAAUGUAAGAGGGAGUUAGUCUACCCAACCUCUGAAAAUUCUCAUUUUAAUGACCUCUCUUUCUCCCUCCCCAUCCCUUUUCCUGGUUUCCCUCAUGGCUCUUCAUGGAAAGACCAUACAGCCUACAAUGAGGCCUGUUCCACAUUCAGAGACCAAGGAGAUUCCUUUUGAGAAAAAUUGCGGAGAUGACAACAAAUGUGAGGCUGAUCUGAAGGUGAACUUCCAUCACACAGGAUCUCUUGAAUUGCGCCUGGCCCCUUCAUCCAGCCUCUCUGUUGUUUUGGAGCUGAGUAAUGUCAAAGAAGAUGCCUACCGGGUACAACUGGCCUUGACUGUUCCCCAGGGCUUCUCCUUCAGAAAAGUGUCCAUGGUCCAGAUAGAGAAGAAGAGUCAGGUCCCUGUGAGCUGUGAGGAAGGAAGCCAUGAGACCAAACUCUCUGCCUGGACUCUAUCUUGCAAUGUGAGCUCCCCCAUCUUAAAAGGAGGCAGUACGGUAUUCGUCCGGAUGAUGUUUGACACCUUGUUGAACAGCUCCUGGGAGGACAGCCUGGAGAUGAAAGUGAAUGUGAGCAGUGAGAAUGAGGACUCCAUACUACUAAAAGACAAUUUGGCAACCAAGAGGAUCCCCAUCCUGUUCCCUGUGAAUGUGAUGAUUGAAGAGCAGGAAAACACUACUCUGUACCUCAAUUUCACCGCCAAAGGUCCCACAGUCCACAAGGUCCAGCAUAUUUAUGAGGUGAAGACUCAGGACUUCAUUGAUUUCCCUCCUGCUUUGGAGAUUGUUAUCUUGGUGCCAAGAAGCCAGAUGAGAGGAUUCUUUACAAGAAACUGGACUGUUCAAACGGAACCUCCAGUACCCUGUUAUGCUAAGGUCCUGGAUGAACUGCCCCAUCCCACCCAGGCCUGCACUCCAGGGGCUACCUUCCGGUGCACAGUUGAUUUCAGGAAAGAGACCCUGGUGCAAGUGAGGGGGCUGGUGGAGAUCACUGAAAAGAUCCAGGCCUCUUCCAUGUCCAGCCUGUGCACCAACAUCUCUGUGUUAUUCAACUCUAGCAAAUACUACCACCUCUAUGGCAAGGAGUCUUCCCAAUCCCAGGUUGUCACAAAGGUGGACAUUGUGUAUGAGAAAAAUUCUCUUUACCUCUAUGUGCUUAGUGGGAUUGGUGGCUUGGUCCUCUUGCUGCUGAUUUUUGGGUUGCUCUACAAGAUUGGCUUCUUCAAAAGGGACCUCAAAGAGAAGAUGGAAGCUAAUGGUGCAGUUCAGGAUGGAAUGACAGAUGAAGCCUCCAGUCUCCCUGCUGCUGCUACUGACCCAAGCUGCACAGAGCCCCUUCACGGAGAGGAAGGGAAGAAUGAAGAUUGUGAUGACCCAGACACCAGAGAACCCCUUUACCCAAAGGAAGGUGGAGAAGAAGGAUGUGCUGAAUGAAGUCUGAGCUAUUGGGGGAAUACCCUGGGGCCCCAGAAUUAGAAAGAGCUCAAGGCUGGUAGUAAAGAAUCCUGAGAUGUAAUAUUAGCAUGGCCAACAACCUGUCCUAUGGUCUUAGGCAAGUCCUUUCCCCUCCCUGGGGUUUAGUUUUCCAGUUUGAAAAUGAAAUGGGAUAAAUAAUACCUGCCCUACUUCAUAGGGAGCUUAUGAGAGUCUAAAGUGGCAAUAUAUGUGAAAGAACUUUGGAAAGUCAUCCAAGUUAAUCAAUAAACACAGAACCUGUGAUAUAGAAGGUACAAAAGGAGACCCCCAAAUAAAUAUCCUU